CAUGACGGUCUGGGACGGCGCCACCGACGCCGGGCUUUUUCGCCCCCAAAAUUCCCGUCCCCGAAACGUCGCCAGCGCUUGCGGCGGGGAGCACCCGCCGUGCCCCCAAAACCCACCCACCCCCCCCACCAUCAAGCAAAUACAACAACUAAUUCUAAUAAAGCAGCCGAGUCGGCAGUGACCCCGAAAAGCAGCCAGUGUCCAAUCAGAAAACAAAAAAGAAAUAUGCAAAUGUAUCACGUUAGUCGGAGCGCUGAGGUCGACUCCGUACUAAACUUCGCAAAUAAUCAUUCUUCAUAAAUACUUCCUUUAGAGCCGGCCUUUCCUCUGAUGCUGUUUUGGUUGAUCUGUAAGGACUGUUUGUAGAUGUGCACUCACCAGGUCAGAAGAAUAUAAAUAAAACUUCCAGAAGGACAAAGCUCAACCUCUACUUUUCUUGUAUGUUAAGGUACUUUCUAGGUGCUACUUUACAGAGGUACCUUCAUGACGUAAGUGGAUAGAAAGUGACAUGAAAUGGAUUAAUUGUUGAAUGGUUUAAGUAUCGCUACCCACUGCAGAACAGCUGAAGUGAGCACACUUGGAACAAAGUGUUGAUUACUGCUGAGCAAUAAAUGCAUCAAGAUGACUGAUCCCAUCAUGGAUUUUUUGGAUGAUGCCAAUUUGUUUGGUGGAGGAUUAGAAGGCUUAGCAGACGAUGGGUUUGCACAACAAGGACCCGUUUCGUUGGUUGAUGAGCUUAACUUGAGUGCAGAUUUUGAACCUUUGCAAGUUGAGCCAUUACAUCAUGUUCCAGAGACACAGACGCCAGAAAAACCCAAUUUUGAACAGUUACAGACAUUUGAUUCAAUAAAACUUCAUCAAUUGAACCAGCCGUUUAAUUUGGUGGGCACCAGUAAUGAGUCUAGUGUACUGUCUCCACAUUCCCAAUUUCAUUGUUCACCUGAUCAUCAAAAUCAGACAAAUGGGCUGUUUCCUUCUGCCCAUAAUGAGAAUAGUGAACAGUCGUUUGUCGAUGGAAGUCCAAUGUGGGGUCACCAAAGCCCCAUUUCAAAUCAGAAUGGAUCACCAUUCCAUUCCUUGCAAGGCCAUCCGCAGUCUGUACAGCAGAUGACCCCCUUUUUAACGCACCAUGACUUUGCUCUGCAUCAGUCGAACCCCCAACAGCAGCAGCCUGCAUCGGUGCAACCUCAGCAGGCUAUAAACCAUUUCACUACAGGACAGAAAACUCUAAAUCAAGGCAGUCAGUUCAUGGGUGUCCAUGGAUCAGCUUCACCUCACAUGAAUCUCAUUGGUCAACCAACUACAACUGUUAGUUCGUCCAUUCAGCACCCUGUUACAGUGCAGCAGUUUAACCAACCAGCCACCACUGCGAAUCCCUUGCAUCCUAUUAGAUUCACCGGUAGUGCCAGUCACGGUGGUGUGCCUCAGAACGUCAGCUUUUCAAGUUCUUCGCGAGAAAUGACCACUUGCUCUAUCAACAAUACAAACCAGUUUACCCCUCAGUAUCCCUAUCCUAACAACAACCUCGCUAAUGGCAACAAUCUGACAUCUACCACAAUACUUUCUACUCAUCAGGCCGCCCAGGGCAUGACUUGUUUCCCUGGGAGUGAUGCGUUCACGGUGCCAGCAGGGUCCAACCAGGAAUCAGUACAUCAUAUGCUUAGUCCCAACAGUUCUGCUAAGCAAAAGGUACUGCAGCCUAUGCAAUCUGCACACACUCAGGGAAAUUUCAGUCCAUCAAGUAUACCCUCUGUUCCAACUGAUGUGCCAAUAACAACCAGCUCGGUGUCCAAGGUGAAAAUUUCUAUUGCAUCGACCCAAGGGAAACCGAUUGGGAUUUCAUCUCUGCAGGGAAAUCAAUUUCCACAGCGCCAGACACAUCCCUUGACCAGGAUGGAUACAGAUGAUGUGUUUCAAGAUCAGCUGUUAACAUCUUUUGGGAACUCUGGCCAAGGCCAGAGAGAUUUAAUCCCAGUUCCAAGACCAAUGGUUCCCCAACAGGUGAAACAUCAUUCAAACAUGCAACAGGAGAUGGUUAUCCAGCAUCAGUUGCAUCAAGAACCAGCAGCAGCCAGUUGCGUCCCUUCUCAACAUUGGCAAGCAUCGAUUACUAACCAACAUCUGCCGACAAAAGGAUCUAUGCAGUUGACCUUGCAACGGCAGCCACCUUCCUCCCAGACCACUGUUGAUGGUUCGAGUCCACAAGCGAAGCAGAUUAUCAAGUCACAGAAUGCACAGCUGAUGACUGGAAACAAACAGAAAAAGAAGGAGAUGCAGAAUAAGCAAGAGAAAGCCAAUCGGAUCAUAUCGGAAGCAAUAGCGAAGGCAAAGGCACGUGGAGAGCAGAAUAUUCCCAGGGUGGUAAACCCAGCCUGUUUGUCCACUGGGUCUGCUCGAAAGGAAGAAAGGAAGUCAGGAAAAAGCAAAGCGAAACAGAAGGAUAAAGAAUCAAAAAAAUCUAAAACCGGUUUAUGUUCCAAGCCAAAGGAUAUCGCAAAAAUAAGCAAAAUUAUAAUCACACUGGGCAAGAAAAAGAAAAGGAGGAAUGAUUUGUCAGCAGAGGGGUUGGACUCUGAGCAGAUUACCACAGCAUCCAUAAAGAAAAGAAGGAAUGACAUAUCAGCAGAGGGAUCAGAUGCUGAACAAAUGCCAGCGCCAUCAAUAAAGAAAGAACCCAUCGCUGGAUGUCAGAAAAGACGAUCGAACAGACAAGUAAAACGAAAGAAAUACAACGAAGACACUGGAAUGAAGGUUUCUGAUGAUGAUGAUGGCUUGUCUGCCAAAGGAAAAACUAGGGCUGGCGCGGUUCCACAUGCUGUGCAACCUGUGCAAUUAUUUGUGGAAAACCCCAGUGAAGAAGAUGCUGCAAUUGUGGAUAAAAUUAUGGCCUCAAGACUGGUGAAAAAAGAGGUGGCCAAUGGACAUAUGGCAGAUGUUGAAGAGUUUUUUGUAAAGUACAAAAAUUACUCAUAUCUGCAUUGUGAAUGGGCUACAGAAGCACAGUUGACGAAAGACAAAAGGAUACAUCAGAAAGUGAAACGCUUCAAGGUUAAACAGGCACAGAGAGGUCAUUUCUUCGCUGCGAUGGAUGAUUCAGAGCCAUUCAAUCCAGACUACGUUGAAGUCGAUAGAAUAUUGGAAUACUCGUGUUGUGAAGAUACUGACACCAGAGAGGCUGUGGUUUACUAUUUGGUUAAAUGGUGUUCACUGCCAUACGAGGAUAGCACUUGGGAGCUCAGAGAAGAUGUAGAUCAAGCAAAGAUUGAGGAGUUUGAACGAUUGCAACAAGUAAAGCCUUCUGUGAAGCGUGUGGAACGGCCUCCUCCCACUGUUUGGAAGAAGCUUGAAAUAUCCAGGGAAUACAAGAUUGGUAAUGAGCUCAGGGAGUACCAGUUGGAAGGAGUUAAUUGGCUCUUGUUCAACUGGUAUAACAGGCAAAACUGCAUUCUUGCGGAUGAAAUGGGUUUAGGCAAAACCAUCCAAUCUAUUACAUUCCUCGACGAGAUGCGUCUGACUGGCCUGAGCGGUCCUUUUCUCAUCAUUGCGCCUUUGUCUACAAUUGCAAACUGGGAACGAGAAUUUCGCACAUGGACAGACCUGAACGUCAUUGUUUAUCACGGCAGUAUGAUCAGCAGACAAAUGAUUCAACAGUAUGAAAUGUACUUCCGGGACUCAGAGGGUCGCAUCCUUCGGGGAACAUACAGAUUUACCGCCAUGAUAACUACUUUUGAGAUGAUCCUGGGUGGGUGUCCGGAGCUGAACGUAAUUGAUUGGCGUUGUGUGAUCAUUGAUGAGGCUCACCGACUGAAAAAUAAAAACUGCAAACUACUGGAAGGACUGAAAAUCAUGAAUCUGGAACAUAAGGUGCUUCUUACAGGAACUCCAUUACAGAACACGGUGGAGGAGUUGUUCAGUUUGCUUCACUUCCUGGAACCUCAGCAAUUCUCAUCCGAAAAUACAUUCAUGCAGGAAUUUGGAGAUCUAAAGAGUGAAGCGCAGGUGCAAAAGCUUCAGGCAAUAUUAAAGCCCAUGAUGCUGCGGCGUUUGAAGGAGGAUGUGGAAAAGAAGCUGGCCCCCAAAGAGGAGACUAUCAUUGAAGUGGAACUAACCAACAUUCAAAAGAAAUAUUAUCGUGCAAUCCUAGAAAGGAACUUUACUUUCCUAUCCAAAGGAGCUGGGCAGGCAAAUGUGCCAAACCUUGUAAACACAAUGAUGGAGCUCAGAAAGUGCUGCAAUCAUCCCUACCUUAUAAAAGGUGCCGAAGAAAAGAUUCUCGGAGAGUUCAGAGAGCUACACAGUCCAGCUGUUUCACAUUUUCACCUGCAAGCAAUGAUCCAGUCAGCUGGUAAACUGGUCCUAAUUGACAAGCUGCUUCCUAAGAUGAAAGCAGGGGGUCACAAAGUUCUUGUCUUCUCGCAGAUGGUACGCUGCUUAGACAUCCUUGAGGAUUAUCUUAUUCAUAAAAGGUACCCAUAUGAGCGCAUUGAUGGGAGAGUUCGAGGAAACCUGCGACAGGCAGCAAUUGACCGAUUUAGCAAGCCGGAUUCAGAUCGCUUUGUGUUCUUACUGUGCACGAGAGCUGGAGGUUUAGGGAUAAAUCUUACUGCUGCAGACACGUGUAUCAUUUUUGAUUCGGACUGGAAUCCUCAGAACGACCUUCAGGCUCAAGCUCGAUGUCACCGGAUCGGUCAGAACAAGGCUGUGAAAGUUUAUAGACUGGUAACUCGAAACUCUUAUGAACGGGAAAUGUUUGACAAGGCCAGCCUGAAGCUGGGUCUUGACAAAGCUGUGCUGCAAAGUAUGAAUGGACGGGAAAAUAGCGUUGGUGGGAUGCAACAGAUGUCCAAGAAAGAAAUUGAAGACUUGCUUCGUAGGGGUGCCUAUGGUGCAAUUAUGGACGAAGAAGACGAAGGCUCAAAGUUUUGUGAAGAGGAUAUCGAUCAGAUUCUUAUGCGACGUACAAAAACAAUUACGAUUAAAUCUGAAGGGAGAGGCUCGACAUUUGCUAAGGCAAGUUUUGUUGCAUCGGGCAACAGAAGUGAUAUUGCUUUGGACGAUCCCAACUUUUGGCAGAAAUGGGCAAAGAAGGCAGAAAUUGAUCUUGAAGUUAUGCAUGGAAAGAACAGCUUGGUAAUUGACACGCCAAGAGUCAGGAAACAAACCAGACCUUACAAUGCUGCGAAAGAUGAACUUGCAGAACUAUCGGAAGCCGAAAGUGACAGUGAAGAUCAACCCAAACUGCGCCGGCCCUAUGACCGCUCUCAUGCAUAUGGAAGGACAGAGUGCUUCAGAAUUGAGAAGAAUCUGCUGAUAUAUGGGUGGGAUCGUUGGAAAGACAUCUUAUCACAUGGGCGUUUCAAGAGACGGCUGGUUGAACAGGAUGUGGAGACCAUUUGCCGAGCGCUCUUGGUGUACUGCCUUGCUCACUACAGAGGAGAUGAAAAAAUAAAGAGUUUUAUCUGGGAUCUUAUUACCCCAAUAGAGGAUGGACAAACAAAGGAACUACAAAACCACCUGGGCUUGUCAGCACCAGUUCCGAGAGGCCGGAAAGGGAAGAAGGUGAAGAGUCAGGGAAGCACGCUUGACAUGCAGAAAGCUGAGUGGCUGAGGAAGUAUAAUCCAGAACACCUGCUUCAAGAUGAAGGCUACAAAAAGCAUUUAAAACACCACUGCAAUAAGGUACUGCUGCGAGUGAGAAUGUUGUAUUAUCUAAAGCAGGAAAUAAUUGGUGACCAAUUGGAAAAGGUGCUUGAAGGGGUCGAUGCUUGUGAGAUUGAUAUUUGGGUUCCUGAGCCAGAACAGUCUGAGAUGCCUGCCGAAUGGUGGGACAUGAAUGCUGACAAAUCUCUGCUCAUUGGCGUCUUCAAACAUGGCUAUGAGAAAUAUAACACAAUGAGAAAUGACCCUGCACUCUGUUUCUUGGAGAGAGUUGGCAAACCCGAUGAGAAAGCAAUUGCGGCAGAACAGAGGGGAAAUGAUACCUUUGCUGAUUGUGCAGAGGGGUACGGUUACUCUCAAUCAACAUGGGAUGGUGAAGACCCAGAAUAUAAACCAACUCAACCAUUAUUCAAGGACGAAAUGGAGGAUGUUGCAUCUUCUCCCGGAGAUCUAAUGAUUAUGGAUGGAACUUUGGGAGAAGGCGAUCUGCUCUAUUGGCCACAAGCAUCCGCUUUAACAACGCGCUUGCGUCGACUUGUAACUGCGUAUCAGCGGUGUAACAAGAAAGAGCAGGUGAAACAGGAUGCCCAAUCAAAAGGGGACAGGAGAAAAAGAUUAUGUGCAGACACUGUGAAAGCUAAAGAGGCUGCUAAAAUCGAGAAGCAGCAAAGGUGGACGAGGCGGGAAGAGGCUGAUUUCUACAGAGUUGUGUCCACUUUUGGCAUUGUGUAUGAUCCAGACAAACAGAAAUUUGACUGGACCAAAUUCCGAGCUAUAGCCAGGCUAAAUAAAAAGACGGACGAGAGUUUGCAGAAGUACCUCUAUGCUUUUGUUGCCAUGUGUCGAAGAGUUUGUCGCUUACUGCCCAAAGAGAAAGAAGAGCUUCUCGAUCCACCCGUUUUCAUACAACCCAUCACUGAAGAGCGCGCGUCCAGGACACUUUAUCGGAUUGAGUUGCUGCGUAAAGUGCGAGAACAAGUCCUUCGCCACCCGCAACUUGAUGAGAGGAUAAAACUGUGCCAGCCGGGUCCAGACCUGCCUGAGUGGUGGGAGAGCGGGAGGCAUGACAAGGAAUUGCUCAUCGGAGCAGCCAAGCACGGCGUCAGCAAGACUGAUUAUCACAUUUUCUGUGAUUCGGGGCUGUCCUUCAUGCUGGCCCAAAGAAACUGUAGCCAGAACAAAAUAGCCCAGUCGCGAAGUUCCACGCCACUCUUGCAUCAUCAGUACCCAUCGUCUUCCUCGCCUCUACAUCUACUGCCUAAGGUGCAGGAUAAAAAAAGUCAGCUCGAGAUUGAAGUAGUGAAGUGUGAAAGGACAACUGUUGUCAAAAAGGAACCAGAUUCAUCUGAUGACGAGGAUGCGAUGGACAUUGAAGUGAAGAGUAAAGUCAAAUUGGAACAGUUUGUGAGUGGCUUGCAGCCGCAGAACAGGUUGGACAAGACACCUGGGAUUAAAUUGGACCCCGAUCCUGAUGGCUGCAUGGUCGCAGCAAGGACUCAGCCCCUCACACCAAACCUGGUGCUCAACAAAUGUAAAACAAGCCGACAACGUUCGGCCUCCAGCUCAGACUCCGACUCCGACUCUGACAAUUCUUCGUCUUCGUCACCAUCGUCAUCAUCAUCAUCAUCCUCGUCCCGGUCUUCAUCUUCCUCCUCCUCUUCCUCGAGCUCUUCCUCGUCCUCAUCCUCCUCUUCUUCAUCAUCCUCCUCUUCCUCCUCCUCCUCUUCUGAUGACAGUGACAGCGACAGCGAUGACAAGCAGACCGCGGCAGGCAGUAAAGCGGCACAGCACUUGAAGCCCUAUGAUGAAGAUAGUGCAGCAUCUCUCAGUAUUGCUCAGGAUGAGACACAGGACAGCUUUCUCCCAGAAAAUGGAAGGCCUGACAUCCAGUUCCUGCAGGGUGGGCACAGGUUUGCUGCCUCCUGCUGGUCAAAGGAUCGCGUAAUGAUCAACAGAAUUGAUAGCAUAUGCCACACAGUAUUGAAAGGAAAUUGGAUUCCAUCAAGAAGAAGUUAUGACUACAAUGCUGUGACAUCUUCUUACACAACAAAAUUACUCGAUAGCCCCUCUGCCAUGGGAGAUUUAAAUGAUUCUGCUGUUUUUACAUCUGGAAGCCAGGGUGUUAAAGAAGAUAAUUCUCUUUUGUCGCAGUUCACAAAGGUGAAGAAGCAUGUGCGAGAAAAGGAGUUUACAGUGAAAAUCAAUGACGAAAGUGGAUUGAAGUUAACUUUUCAGAAGCAAAGACUCAGUCAGAAGAGAGCUCUCGAAACUGAAGAAGGGACCUCAGAUCAGCGGCAGUAUAUGGCACAGCUUCACAAUUUGUACUCUGCUCCUAACAGCAGUCAGGAACUGGCUGUGGACCUCUCAAAAUCAUUAUCGGGAGUUGGGAGUUCAAUCCCCUUGUCAUCCUCCAUGUUGUUUAAUGCCAAUAUACCUGGUAGCAUCGCUACAGUGAUCCCUCAUCAUAAAUCGGUAUUAUCAGGUGCUUCUCAGCAGAUUACAAGACACUGUACAAAUGGGAUACUGUUGGAUACCCAGCCAGUAGUUAAAAAGAGAAGAGGAAGGAAAAAGAACGUGGAAGGACUGGACAUUCUUUUCAUGAACCGCAACAAGUCAUUGCAGCCUGGUCAUUUGGUGGUUAGCAACACACAAACAGCAUUUAACGCAUUUCAAGGACAACAUGAUGCUGAAAGUCGUGUCUCAGUUAUUAAUGUGAAAGAUGGCACAAGACUCGCAGGGGAAGAUGCUCCAAAAAGAAAGGAUUUGGAAGACUGGCUCAAGAGCCACUCGGACUACGUGGCAGAUGUGUCAGCCCAUGUUCCAAAAACCGAUAAACCCGAGAUUGUGGGUGAGCGACCAAAGCAAAAAAGACAUCGGUGCAGAAACCCUAACAAAAUAGAUGUCAAAAGCCUGACUGGAGAAGAACGGGUGCCCGUCAUCAAUAGAAGAAAUGCAAAGAAGAUGGGUGGCUCGCUAGCACCUCCAAUCAAAGACCUGGCAAGGUGGUUGCAGGAAAAUCCAGAUUUUGGAAUUGCUCCAGAAUGGGCGAAUGUGGUAAAGCAGUCAGGGUUUUUACCGGCCAAUAUGUUUAACCGCAUCCUUACUGGACCUGUGGUCCGGGAGGAGGUCAGUCGAAGAGGCCGGCGUCCAAAGAGCGAGCUCACCAAAGCUGCAGCCGCAGCCGCCGCGGCAAUGACUGUCAAUCCACUCGUCACCAAUGGACUUCUUGCUGGAAUGGACCUAAGCAGCCUCCAAAGCCUGCAGCAGAAUCUCCAGAACUUGCAAUCUUUCCAGCUGACGGCGGCGGGAUUGAUGGGAUUCCCGGCCGGCCUUCCGUCUGCGGGAGACGCUAAAUCCCUGGCUUCGAUGUUCCCUAUGAUGCUCUCCAACAUGGCGGGCUUUGGCAUGGGAGGUUUGUUACACAAACCCUCUGAAGCUACUCUGGAGAGUAAGAGAGGAAGUGGCACUGUGGACUCCCGCAAACCAACAGACGGGACAAAUGAAAGGACGGUGAAACAAAGUGUGGAUUUAUGUAGUGAAAUCUCUGUGUCAAAUUCCGCUACAUCCUCUCCGAAGAAGCUGACACCAACCACAAGUGCUUCUGCCUCAGCCACUGCUGGCAGUCCCCUAGCUAUUAAUCCACUCUUAUCUAGCAUGCUUUACCCGGGCAUUCUUCUGUCUCCAGGCCUUAACAUACCAAUCCCGGGAUUCCCCCAGAUCAAUAUGUUUAAUGUGCAGACUAACAAGCAUACAGAUGUAGCCAUGUCCAAACCUACAAAGGAGACUGCAGAACAUCCAGAGGGAGAAGACCAUAAUUCUUCACAUGAAAACAGUGGGGAUGAUGCAUCGGAGAAAGCCGCAUCUUCAUCCAGCAGUGACAAUACAACUCAGCCUGAUGAUUCAGGAUCCAGUGAAGAAGACUGAACUUGAAAUUAUAUAUUUAAUCUUACACUGGAACAGCUUCAUCCUAGUUGUAUAAAAAUAGUUCAUUUGUAAAUAACUCAAUGAUUUCACAGAGAGAGAAAAAAAAACUCAUCUGUAAUUAACUGAAAGGGUUUUAGUAUCUAUUUAAAGGUACAAAUAUUUAAAGAUACCUUGCAUGUAAAGUUGUUUUUGGAGGCUAGCAGAAACAAAGUGUGUGUACAGAGGUAACACACUGAAGCAUCACAGUGCUAGUUGUUAAUUUUUUUUAGGGGAUUAAUUUUAAUAAAAUAAAUAUGCACCAGGAGAGCCGUAUAUUUAAUAUAUUUGGUGUGAACUAGGGAAAAUGAAAGUACCUUUAUGCAUAUCGUAUUAAGUUACUGUAUAUAUAAACCCACGAACUCCUUGACACUCAUUUCAGUACACAGAUCAAACUGCAGGAGACACAGCAAUAACCCUGGCAGCUAAUGAAUGUCAAUAAAACUGUAGAAUAUACACCUUGAUAAUGCAACAUGGCAAAAGUCAAAAUGGAAGUUCACAUUUUAUUGCUAAAGUGUUGUGAUGCACUGUCAGUUUUGAAAUUCAGGUACAUUUCUGAGUUACUUGGAAGAUUAUUUUCCCAAUCAGCCAUAAAACUGGCGAUUUAUUUAUUACCUCAGCUGUGCUAGUUUAGAUGAAUUAACGAAGUAGUUUCUAUUAUACCCGCUUUGUUCGCAGUUUUGCAAAAAUGUGGCAUUUAUUGCAUAACGUAGCUGGUUGGAGUGACUGCUUUCACCUUGCAUGUCUUCUUUCUCUGCAAACGAUUAAAAGGGGGCAAAGCCGUCAUGGAAAGCCAAUCUGAUAUGUGCAGUAUAUUCUGCCUCAUCAUUCAUUUCAUGGGAAUGCUUAGUCAUGGUCCUCAAUGCAUCGAUGACAGAAAUAGGAAUUGUCCAAAAAGGGUAUAGCAUUAUCUAACAUUCUCCUUGAAGGUUUAUGAGGAGCUGUUCAGUAAAUUUACACAAUGCAUUCCUGCCAAAAGUCAGUAUAGGAAGCACUGUGUUCUUCAUUUAAAAGUACACAGAUGAAAGAGGAGAUAAUGCAUUUUAUUCUACAGUUUUCAGUAUUUAUUAUCACUGCAGAGCAGUGUAUUAGUUCACUGUAUUGAAAAAUGAAAUUGUUUCCACUGCAGUGAAAUAUUAGGCGCAUAUUGUUACCUUUCCAUGGGAAACCGUAAAUCUUUUGUUAGAGAGGCGUGUGUGUGCGUGUACGUAGUACAAUUAAAUUUAGAUCCCAGCAUCUUUAAUGUACCAGCAUCAUACGUCAAUUAACACUGAACAGGCUGCUUUAGGUUGGGCAAUCGGUAUUGCUUUUGGGAAUUAAAUAAAUGUCUCCUGAUGUAAGAAGCUCACCAGGACAGUAGAACUAGUAGACUUGAGCUCCAUUAUCUGUACAUUGCAGAAUUUCUUUGCUUGUGAAUUGUCUGUGUAGUUCAAUGUAUUACACUAACGUAAAUGCACCCAUCAUUUUAGGUUAAUACAAGGUUUCCCUCUUUGAAGUCAUUAAUGUGACUGGAAAAAUCAGAAGCUGGCAUUAAAAUUUGUAAAGCAGUGUUAUAUGCACAAGUACCCACAUGCUCAAGACAAUGGCAAUUAUGCCGUUUGCAGUAUUGAGAAUUUAUAUUGGUUUUGCAGUUAGAAAUGUAUUUAGAAACAAGUUUACAAAGAGUGGUUUAAUAUGCAGUCAUUUGUUUUUAAAGCUGUUAUAUCCCGCUUUUUUUCUGCUGUCAGAGACCAAUCUCAUUCACACCCUACAAAAAGUUAUUGCAAGGCCACCAUUUUGCUGUAUGGUAAACUCAUAUUAAGUGUGUAACUGUUCAUUGAGUGGAUGUGCAAGAGGAAUAGAUGGGUCAGCGCCAAAACAAAUCAAUUUGGACCUUUCUCUUCUGGACUGUUUGGUUAGCAUACAGUUUAAUCUGUACAGUAUUUAACAGAUAUUAUCUAUUAUAUUUCAUUGAUGAAAUUAGGGGUUUUGAUGGAAAUCUUUGCAAGUAAAUUGUUAGGCACCCCACAGAAUUCCAUUCUGAACUGCAUAAUAUUAUUUUAUAUAGAAUAAGAUUUUGACAUCAGCAAAAGCUGAGAAGGAAAUGAACGGCAUAUUUUCCCAGAUAGUUGUAAGAAUCGGCUUUGAAAACAAUUGCAAAUGUCUGUGUAGUUCACAUCGAUCAUUCGCAGUAAGACUGGAAUAUGUGUGGGAUGGUAUUUAAGUUUUAAAUUUGUACAAUGCCACCUGGAAGGAUACCACAGCUUUAAAAUAAAAGUAUGCAGACUGAGUGAGAAUACUUCAAAUGUUUUUUACAGUAAUUUUGUAAUGCUAAAACAAAGGCAGCAUUAAACUAAGUUAUAAUGUGCUGGUUUCUUUAUAUACUGAAUUGCUCCUUCGGUCUGAAAUGAAGCAUUACUGUAUAUAAACAUUUCCCUGAGGUCUAGUAACUAAAGUAUUUUUGUCAUUACGUUCUUAGUGGUGAGAUCUGAUAGACCACAGCUUUAAAAAAAAGAUGUAAAAUGUCACUUUGUCUCCAGUUUAGAUUUAAAUUCCUUUAAAAAAAAAAAGAAAAGAAAAACUGACUCAAUAAUUGUGUUCAAUGACGUGACAUUGGUCCUGUUUUAAAUAUAAAAGAUUAUCCACAAAUGUAAAGUUAUAGGAGACGACAAACCACCAGUGACUGUGGUGUUAGUCAACAUGAGCAAACACACAAAAGGAUUAUACUAAUACUUGCUGCCAUUAACAGGAUCAGUGAUGAGUUGGUAAAUUGAAUAUGUGUAUUGGUAGUUAUGUGAGUCACACUUUAGUAGCUGCUCUGACCAUGUAUUUAAUUACAUUGCUGGAGGUUUGAUGAUUAAGUCUGUUUUUAUUUUGGACAAUUGCAGUACUUGCAGGUUGUAUUCUGUGUAGUCUGAAUUGGCUUUCUGUAGUACAAUGAGUCUUAAGUCAUUUGUAAUUUAUUGAAUUACUUUCUAUGAAGUUCUAUAGAGCAAAUGGAAGUUUAAUUAUUUUUAUUAAACCUAUUCUUUGACUACCCAUGC